UCUUGAUCUUCCGUCCUUCAAACUAAUCUCUCUAUUCCGCUAUUCCGGCUGAUCUCUCUCUUCUCGAUUUCUCGUCUUCCCUCUUCCAUCGACCACGACGACCAGACGAGAGACGACCACCCUUUGCCUUCGGUCUUCCGUGUUCCGUCUCUAGUCUCUCAUCGUCUGCUAUCUUCCUUCCCGUCUGGCGUCUUCCCUCUUCCGUCAACCAGACGACCACCUUUCUAGGCUCUUCUCCGGCUCACCGCCGCACGGCCUGCACAAGCAAGGCAGCACCGGCAUCCCGCAUCCGGCCACCCGCCCACCCGCCCACCUGCGUUCCGGAGGGUCAUUGCUCGAGCAAACAAGCUCAGCAGUCACAAAAAAGUCCCAAGCAUAUGCUAAAGAAGAAAUAUAAAGAUUGAAGAACAGCAAAUCCAGUUACCAGUUACUGAUAAAAGCCUUUAGAAGUCUGCAAGGCAGGCUGCCUUUACCAGAGGAAAGCCAAAGCAACAAUUGAGUGAGAUCUUCAACCGGGGGAUCUUGGGGCUUGGCAUCGGCUUGAGCGAUGACAAUGGCAAGCUUCCAAACAAGUGGACGAAUGUCAAGGAGAGAGAGGCCCAGAGGGCGCCAUCAUGCAAUAAGUCAACAAAAGAAACAGGAAAUCAAAGAAGCCUUUGACUUGUUCGACACUGAUGGUUCAGGUACAAUUGAUGCCAAGGAGCUAAAUGUUGCAAUGAGGGCCUUGGGUUUUGAGAUGAAUGAAGAACAAAUAAGACAAAUGAUUGCUGAUGUAGAUAAGGAUGGGAGCGGAGCAAUUGAUUUUGAUGAAUUUGUACAUAUGAUGACUGCAAAGAUUGGGGAAAGGGAUACCAAGGAGGAGCUGAUAAAAGCUUUUCGCAUAAUAGAUCAAGAUAAAGAUGAGAAUAUAUCAGAGAGGGACAUUGAAGGAAUUGCAAGGGAAUUGGGUUUAAACUUCACACAGGAGGAUAUCCAGGAGAUGAUUGAGGAGGCUGAUCGUGACGGUGACGGAAAAGUGAGUGCUGAUGAAUUCUUCCGCAUGAUGAGGAAAACCAGCUAUCGGGUCUGAAAUAUUUCAGGAUGCGCCCAGUUUGGGAAUAUUGUGCUUUUCCUUUUGUAAUUUGAACCUGGGGUGUUGAUUGUUGUCAAUAUGUGUAACAGCAGUUAAUUUAUUUUAAAUCAGACUCUUCGGAGGAUGGUGUGGCCUGGUUAACUUUUGGGUUUCUUAACAGAUAUCUGUUUCAUGUCCUGUUGUAUCCCUCCUUGUAGAACUUCUUUUUACCUAAUGGCGGGACUUACUAAUAACUGCCUCCCAAUGAACGAAACAAUGCUUAUACGAUCUGUCUUUAAUAAGUAUCUGAAAAUUAUUCCAAUAUCA